UUUCUUAUAGAAAACAGAGAUGGCAGACGAAGUGAUACUAGAAUAUCUUCAUAUGGAAAUUGUCAAUUAUAUUUACCGAUCAAGCGAGAAACCAGAUCAAGAUAACUGUUUAUCAAAGUUAGAAUCAAUUGGUUACAGAAUAGGACAAAGCCUUGUUGAAAGAUUUACAAAAGAUGGUACCAGAUUUAAAGAUGAAUUAGAUACAAUGAAGUUUAUAUGUAAAGAUCUAUGGAAUUUUGUGUAUAAAAAACAAAUUGAUAACCUUAGAACAAAUCAUCAGGGUGUUUACGUUUUACAAGAUAAUAAAUUUCGAUUUUUAACACAACUAUCCAAUGGUAAACAAUAUAUGGAUUAUGCACCAAAACUUCUUGCAUUGCCAUGUGGAUUAAUGAGAGGAGCUUUAGCUAAUCUUGGUAUAAACAGUAUUGUGACAGCUGAGGUCACAGCUAUGCCUGCAUGUAAAUUUCAGAUACAGAUACAGAGGACUUGAUGAAACCUGUAACAAAACUUGUGCAAUAUAAUGAUGUGAUAUACAUAAUGUGACAGAACUGAACUGGUCGCUGAUCAUUCUAGCCAGCUCCAAUUUUCUUAAUAUCUAUUGUAUAUAAAAGUUUUAAAUGUUGAAAUAUUGUGGCAGUAGUUCUGAGUGAGAUUAUGAAAGAGUGAUUUAUAAUUCAUAAAUGUUGAAAAUCUUUA